UUGUUUCCUUUUGCAAAUUACUUCUCAAAUUUAUGGUCCAAUCUUAGUUGUCCUUGUACAACUUUUCUCUACUUGUGGAUGUAUCCUUUAUCUAUCUUGGGUGACUUAUUUUUGACAAAAGCACCAUAUUUGGUCUGGGAUUUUUUUUAUACUGAUAAUGCUUCUUGCACUUGCACGGAUAUGUCUUUUCAAUUAUUACUGACUUAACACACUGUUUUCAUGAUUUUAUGACUGAAUGAAUGUGACAGUUUUAACUUCUUUUUUCUUUUUUUUCUUUUUUGCAGGUGAAAUGUUGGCAAAUUCAACGGCAGACAAAGGCUCCUCAGGCUGCUGGACUCAUACUGAUUUUGAGAAAGGGUCCAUCUGUGCUGAGGUGAUGAAAUUUGAAGAUCUAAAGGAACUUGGAAGUGAACCGGCUGUUAAGGCUGCCGGGAAGUACAGACAAGAAGGGAAAAACAUGCGUGGUCCAAGACGGAGAUGUCAUAUUGUUCAAGUUCAAUGUUUCUCGUAGUGUAGUUCAAAAAAAAAAAAGAAAAAUGUUUCUGGUGGUGGGAAGAAGUGAGAUAUGCACACAUUAGGAUGUAUGAAAAAAAAAAAACCCUCUUACCUUGUUUUGCAUCUGCCGAAAUUUUUGACAGGUGAGUAGAUCCCCCAGUACAGUGGGAUUUGCUGACGACUAGGCUACUAGCUAAUGAACUCAAAACUAAUUAUAGUCUUUGGUAUAAUUGUGAAAAAAUAAUUAUAAAUUAUAAUUUAUGAGAUUAUA